AUGGUCUUAAUCUGCUUGUCUGAACAAACCUAUUCUAUUGCAAUGGAGAAGUUCACAAAGAAACUUUGUGGCUUUAUAAUUUUACGCCUAAGGAUCUGCAUAAGAUAUGAUCUAAUUUUUUCUGUCAGCUCCGCCAUUUCUUCAGGGGAUAGCACAGAUCAAGUGGCUGAACAGCCAGCACCUAAUCACACAACAUUAAAGGCACAACGAGAACAGCAAAUUGAGCUAUUUGCCCUAAUAUUUGCUAAAAUAAUCACUGGUGUCUUAUGUACUGCUGGAAUCCUCGCCAAUCUGAUAAAUGUUACAGUGCUCACCCGGUCCUGGAUGGUCUAUUCGACCAACGUAUACCUCACGGCAGUUGCUGUUUGUGACUUGGCUUAUCUUGUUUUCUCAGCCUUAUUUUCGCUGCAAUUGUAUGCACGAAUGCGUACAUCUUGGCUUUACAUGAAUGCGUUGCCUUUCAUCUAUGGAAGCGCCAAUUCGUUUAGCAACACGACAACCUGGCUUACCGUUGGUUUUACGGUAGAACGAUACAUUGCAAUCAGUUCUCCAAUUUGGGGUCACCGAAUGUGCACUCGGAGGAGAGCGCGAACUGUCGUCUACGUGACCGUCACUAUUUGUCUUCUGCUUACUCUACCAGACUACUUCAGCGCUAGAAUCGACGCUCCAGUCAGUGAAACUGAGCUGGUUAGCCAGACCGACUCAAACGACAGCAAGCAGCAUCGUAGGGGCGAGUACAGAGUGACUCAAAAUACUACAGUUUCCAACUUUGUUGAGAGUUUUGGCUACACCUACAUUAAUCAAGCCUGUUUUUUAAUUGUGCCUCUAAUUCUCUUACUCGUCUUCAAUCUACUCCUGAUUCGUUCCGUCUAUCAAGCUAGUCGAGAACGUAAAAAUCUAACUAGAGCUGACACCUGUAAAGCAUACAGCCUCACAUCUGGUGGUGCCAUAUUAUCCUCAUCAACUGUGCCACGAUAUAACCUUUCCACAAUGCAUCGGCCAGGUAUCAAGGCUAGUUUAGAUGCGGACACUUCAACGCAAUUGGAAGCGGCUAAACCUGUCAAAUUCGAUAGAGCCAGAUGCAACCAAGUUGGGUCCGGUACAUUUUUGACAGGUGGAAAUCCGGAAACGAACACUGGAGGGCUGAGAAGGCCUAUUCUCGGAGAGCAGCACAGGAUUACAAUUAUGCUGAUAGCAAUUGUGAUGGCUUUUAUUGUGCUACAACUACCAAGCAUUUUCCCUAUAAUUAUAAAUGCUGUGGUUAAAAUUGAAGUUAAUGUUAAUUCCGAGUUACUACACUUUCGAUCACUGUAUGUGCGGGUGUCUAAUACUUUAUUGUUAGUCAACGCUGCAAUGAACUUUUCAAGUUUAGGAAAACUUGUCGCUUGCUUUUUGGUCGUAUGUGCUGCCUUGCUUCGAAAAAAGCCGUUUUAG